AUGUCAACAAAUUUAGCAAAUUACUUUGCUGGUAAAAACGAUGUUGAAGAUGAGCAUGUAAAUAGAAAUGCUAACGAAGAGAUUAGUAGCAAAAGCAAUGACAAUGUUGCUAGUAACGAUAACGACAACGACGAUGAAGAUAUGGGACCCUCAAUAUCGAUGGCUGUUCAAGCAAAAAGCGAUGAUGAAUUCCAUAAAUCAACCUUCAACCUUAAAAGAACAAGGUCGAUGGGCCUACUCGAUGAAUAUAUCGAUCCUACUAAGAAACUGUUGGGAAGGUCAGACGAUUUAUAUAAUGACGACAAUGAAUACUACGACAACACAUCUGAUGAUAAUUCAUCAGGUAGUUCUUCAGAUGAUGAUUACGAUAAUGACUAUCACGACCACUCAACUUCUGUUUCUCCACCUCCUGCAGAUAAUGAUAGCUAUUUACUUCCACAGGAUGAUAAUGACGUAGUAGUAGAGCCUGAAAGACAUGUAGACUAUCUAUCCCAUCAAUGGAAGGAGUCAGAAAUUUCUAAUUCUUGGAAAUAUAUUAUUUUGAAGAAAAAGAAAAGGGACGUAGAUUUGGUAAAUGCUGCUAGGUUAGAGAACGCAUCAUGGAGAACAUGGGCAAAGGCGAGAAACAAUUUAAAAACAGUCUCUCCUGAAGUGGUUAACUGGUCAAAGGACUCAGACGUCACGUGGCUGUAUGGGCCUAUCGUACGUGAUUCUGAAGUUAAUGUUCAAAAAGAGGAGGAGCACGAUUUGGAAAGAGGUUAUGGUUCGGAUGAUGAAAAUUCCAAAAGAAUGACAAAGCCCACUAAGAAAUCAAAGUCACCAGCCGCCGCUCCUAAACCAAUAUUGAAGAAAAGGACCGUCACGGAAAUUAUAGAGGACAAUGCUUUAUGGAAACUAAACGAGGCAAGAAAACACAUGACAGAAAUGAAGCAUGCAUCAGUUAUAAUGGAUCCCAACGGAAAUAAAAACGUUCACGACGAUUUUGAUGCUUUGGCUGCUCAAGUUAACGCCCAAUAUUAUCAUUAUCCAAAAAAGUCAAACAGUAACGUAAGUUUGAAAAGCCAACCUUCAGAAAAAACAGACAAAAAAUCUUCCACGAUACCGAACUCCUUGGGGGGCAAUCCAAAUGAGAACGAUAACAGGGGUAUAGAGACUUCAAAUUUAAAAUCUGCUCUUCGUGGUAAAAGAACGCCGUCACUUCCACAAGCAGAUAAAAGCAUUCUUAAGAAUAACACUAAUGACAAUGAUAUUGACUACUUAGACGAAAACGUGGACUCGUCUUUACACUCUAACCUUCACCAACUUUAUUCAUCGAAAUCUGGAUUGAAUAGAGAUAACGAAAACCAUUCGGUAGGAUUGUCGUCAAUAUUAACAUCAAGCCCAAGCGAAAAACCCAACAAGCCCACUAAAAAUAGACAUAUACAUUUUAAUGAUAGAGUGGAACAAUGUAUGGCGCUACGAUAUCCAGCAUCUCAAUCGGACGAUAAUGAUGGAGACAAGGAACAUAUUGAUGCUAAUAACAAUGCUAAUGUUACUACCAUAAACAAUAACAAUACUCCAAUGUUAGGCUCCUCAAAUGGCUCCGCAUCUAAUUAUCGUAAUGCCGGUGCUAGUGAUGAUGAUAUGUCAUCAUCAUCAUCAUCAUCUUCUUCAUCAUCAUCUCACUCGGAAGAUGAAGAGCAUGGUGGUCUUUACAUAAAUGCUGGAUUUUCAAGGAGGUCUGAUUCUGGAAUUCACUCACCACUAACAGAUAACUCCUCUAUAGGUUCAUCUUUCACCUCGAGAUCUCAUGUGCGUCCUAUAAUAAAGCUACUUCCUGACACAACUUUGAAUUAUGGAUCCGAUGAAGAGUCCGACAACAGCGAAUUCAAUGGUUAUGGUAAUGCUGUCUCACAUAAUGUCAAUACAUCCAGAGGUUAUGAUUACAUAUAUGACUAUAAUUCUGUUUACACUGGUGAUACUUCAAGCUUUUUGCCAGUGGACUCAUGUGAUAUCGUAGAUGUGCCAGAAGGAAUGGAUCUUCAAACGGCUAUUGCCGACGACAAUGCAUCGACUUACGAGUUUAGCAAUGCCGUUCAGUCCAAAAAAAACAAAACUACACAACCAAAUAAAUUCCCCGCUAAUGAUAAUAAUUGUCAAAAUCGAUCACACAUGCUAUUAUAUGACGAUGAUAAUUACAGUUCUUCGUCGGAUAGCGAACAACAGUUUAUUGAAGACUCCCAGUAUAAGAGCAGCGAUGACGAAGAAGAGGAAGAUAGUGAGAACCAAGCGGUAGAUGAUAACCAGGACGAAGGACUAUCACUAAGGAGAACCUUAUCAUUAGGAAGGGAUGAAUCUACCAGUUCUUUAUAUGACCUUGCACAACCACGUUCUUCAGAAACUCCUUUAUCUCAGGCCAAGAAACCUACUGAUUUCAUAAAAGGAAGAACUGACGAAAACAAAGAUGCACAGCAGGCUGUUAGGCCAUAUCCAUUAAAACGUAAUUCCUCUUCUGGAAAUUUCAUAUUCAAUUCAGAUAGUGAGGAAGAGAGUAGCAGCGACGAGGAACAGAGGCCGAUGCUGGUGACCAACCAGCUGACUAACCAAGACGCUUCAAUAAAUAAUGCAACAUCUAACCCGGUAAAUAUUCCAACGCAAAAGAAAAUACCACCCUCAAAGCAACAAAAUGCAUCAGAUAGCUCACAGAGCUUUAGAAUUGUAAAUAAUACUCCUUCACCUGCCGAAGUGGGCUCAAGUGAUGUUGCCAUAGAAGGUUACUUUUCCCCCAGGAAUGACUCCAUUAAAUCUGUCGUUUCAGGAGGAGGUGUGAUGGACCAGCGGGACCAACCAGAAAUUGACACUUUGUCCAAAGGAUUUGAGGAUUGUCAUAUAGAUAACACGGAUAGGACCAAGGACAAGAACGCUGAUAGCGCCCAUGCCGCAGGAAAAGAAACUUUUAUGGCAGAUUCAAGCAACGAAAGUUUACAGAAGGUGAUGCAUAACGCAAAGGGUUUGGCAAGCAAGUACUUACAUCCAUGGAAAAAAACCGAUGGUAAACAACGAGAAAACAGCAGCAGUACUGACAGUUGA